AUGUCUGAAGUUCUUACUGUAGAUGCCAUUCUGUUUGGGCUCUUGGUCUUCUCUGGGAUCCUGGGGAAUAUUCUAGUCAUCUACGUGGUGUUCCAGUCUGCCUUGGAGAGCCCGUCUCGCCGUUUGCCCCCCUCGGACGCUAUCCUGGUGAAUCUCUCCUUGGCCAACUUACUGACCUCUCUCUUCCGUACGGUGCCCAUCUUCGUGUCCGACCUCGGCCUGGACGUGUCCCUGGCGCCAGGCUGGUGCCGGCUCUUCAUGCUGUUGUGGGUGUGGUGGCGGGCGGUGGGAUGCUGGGUCACUUUAGCCCUCAGCGCGUUCCACUGCGUCACCUUGCGGCGUCAGCACGUGAUGAUGGGCCCUUUGGCGCAGCAGAGGGAGCGUCGGCGCGUGUGGGUGGUUUUGGGACUGGUGUGGGGCGCUAAUUUUGCUUUCUCGCUGCCAGCGUUGGUGUACACCACACACGUGCACGGCAACGCCACGGUAGAGCUGAUGGUGAUCAGCUGUACCACGCGGCCCUUGCUUGGCUGCGUUUGGGAGUUUCCUACCAAUGAACAGGGCUCUGCUUUUGCCUCUGCCUCGCUGGCACUAAAUGAAGUUGCCCCUCUGUUGCUCAUGGUGGGCACCAACCUGGCUACGCUGCAUGGACUAGCCAAACACAUCCGGGCGGUGACGUCCGGGAGCGACAGCGGACCCGUGGCGCACGGAGAACUGGAGAGACACGUGUCCAGUGAGCGUAAGGCCGGUCACGUGAUCAUGUCACUGGUGACACUGUUUGUGGUGUGUUGGGCUCUGCAGGUUGCCGCGGUAACAUACUAUAACCACGACGGCGGGGAACAUGCAGAGGCUCUGUUGACCGUAUCCCAUUUCUCAGCCUCGCUGUUUGUGGGUUUCAGCCCGAUGGUGGUGGCUCUUGGACACGGAAAGCUCAGACGCAGGAUCGUCGGGAUGGUGCGAGGCUGGGCUAAAAGCGCAAAAUGUCGUCGGAGGAAUGAAGAGCAGGAAGCUCCAGGGGCCAACAAAGGCAAGCAAAGACAAACGGACGAAGGACAAAAAACAGGACAGAUCAUAAAAGUUGCUGAGCGUUAG